AUGGCACUCUGUUUGCGAAAGCCUCCACUUGCCGGCGCAAUCAGUGCUAGUGCCGGCGACUGUGCGGUUCACCAAACGCGGGGAACCGAGAACCUUCUUGGCCGCACAUGGCACAAACCGUCGGCGCCAUCUCGUUUCAGCAAGCACCGGGAGCAUCUGACCCUUCGCUCCUCUCCUUGCGGAAAGUGGCAUUUCGAUAAGCAAGAGCACCAAACCCGAGAUCCGGCCAUGCACGAUGAUUAUAUUAACUUCCACCCCUCUCUCCUAGCUGCGAUGUCCCUCGAGUCUGCACUCACCGGUACCUCCAAGACUGCCGAAGACACAAAGACAUGGGGCAGGACACAAACUUCCCGAAACGAACAGGAUUCUGGCUCGCUUCAAUGA